AUGCCGUCCGCGGUCGAGGGCAUAUCAGUCCUCCAGGAAGGAUCCCCGCAUCGGUCCCGGAGGGCUUCUCUCAGGAUUUUGAACCGAAACAUCAACCAGGUGGUCCUGGGUAACCUGCUUUUUGAUGCCUGGUACUAUUCGCCCUACCCGGACAGUAUUAUUCUCGGUCCAAAUGCUCAACACGCCUACAAGCAUGUCGGAUCCGCAGCCGACCUGAGAAACGGGCACGCUCAUAGUCUCGUCAAAGAUAAGGAAGAGCCACUCUGUCGUCGCCUCUAUGUUUGUCCAAGUUGCUUUCGCUAUACCCCAGAUGAGCGUGACUAUGUGCAGCACUUGCAGCAUCACCGAGGCUUGCGCGAGCAAGGGCUCGAGACUCAGCCCGUGCCUGAAUCUGCGUUCAAAGUCUACGAAUGGGAUGGUUAUGCGGUAUGGGAGAUUGACGGCGAGAGGGAAAAGCUCUACUGCCAGAACCUUUCACUUUUCGGAAAACUCUUUCUAGAGCAGAAAAGCGUCUUCUUUGAUACUGGUGGUUUCAAAUAUUAUGCCUUGACGCAUAUACCCUCCCUUCCACCGUCCCCAGCCCCCAAAGGACGGGGGCGAAAACGAAGCUCAUCGGUCUUUGAAGAUGAUCUUUUACCCCGUGCCCAGGUGCUUGGAUUCUUCUCCAAAGAAAAUUUGUCUUGGGACUCGAACAACCUGGCAUGUAUCUUAAUCUUUCCUCCUUUCCAGCACCGGCAGUUGGGUCAAUUGCUCAUGGCAGUCUCCUACAAGCUCAGUGGAUGGGAAUGGGAAGGAGGAGUGAUUGGUGGCCCGGAAAAGCCUCUUAGUGCAAUGGGCCGCAAAAGCUACCUCAGAUUCUGGUCGGAGCGUAUUGCUCGGUUUAUGAUGGGGCAGACGGCAGAUGCGGAUGCAAAGAGAGUUUUUCCAAAUGCGAGGAAAAAGACUGUCAACCCUAGAAAGGAAGAAAUGACAGUCAAGGAAAUUGGAGAUCGAACGGGGAUGUUAGGGGAAGAUGUCGCUGCUGCCCUUAGUGAGAUGGGCAUUUGUAAAGUGAUGGUGCCCAAACGCAAGAAGAACACAUCCACCGAAGCCAACGGAACCGGUGCCCAUGGUGAACCAGACGCAGGGGAACUGGCGACCAUGAUCGUUCAGCGAUCUAAAAUUGUGGAGUGGGCGGAGAAGAACGGUGUUGAUUUGAUAAGCCCUGUCCGAGAGGAAGGAUUCUUGGGCGAGUGGGCAUUGAGCGACGUGGAGGAUUCUGGCAAUGGUGGUGAAAGUUCCAACGACGAUGCCGGCACAACUUGA